AUGAUAAAUGAUAUUAGAAGAACUCAAAUUAUUCACGAACUGAAUCGAAUGAAACUUGAGUUGGUGAGUUUUUGUCCUACUUCUAUGCUUAUUCCUAAUUAUGAUUUUCAGGAUACUUGCUAUGAUUAUUUGCGAGAACUUGAAGAAGAAAAAAACAUUGAAAAUAAUGAAUAUCUGGAGAGAAAUGGAAGUAUUCGAGGAAAACGAAAUCAUGUUCAAAAUAUUUUGAGAAAUUUGAGGAAUCGGAAAAGUGUAAGUUUUUUUUAAACUAUGAAUUUCAUACCGAGAAUUUGAAUUUGCCUUCAAAUUCUCAAUUUUCCAGGAAACCCCUGGAGUUAUUGUUUAUUUAACGAGUUGUGGAAUAAUUCGACAAGCAUUUGAUAAUUGUAAAAUGACAAUUCAAUUAUUAGAUUCACAUCGAAUAAAAUAUCGAGUCGAAGAUUUGAACAUUGAUAUUGAAUGUGGCGAAUUAUUGGAACGCAAACUCGGAAUUUCAAAAAACUCAAUCUUCGAAAAUCUCCCAAUUAUUUUUGUGAACAAUAAAUUUCUUGGAACAUACAAAACAUUGAUUGAAUUGAAUGACAAACGACAAUUGGCAAAUAUUUUGAGAAGAUUUCAAAGUAUUAAAUUUGAAAUGUGUGAAUUGUGUCAAAAUCGAGGAUAUAUUAUUUGUCCAAAUUGUCAUGGUUCACAUCGAAGUUCGAAUAAUUUAAGAGAUCUUCGUUGUUCGAAUUGUGAUAUUAAUGGAAUUAUUGGAUGCCCAAAUUGUAAAAAAGAUCGGAAUCGAAAUGGGAAAUGUGGUUGA